UUAGCAGAGUUAGAAAAGUUGAGGUUAUCUAAUUGUUGAGCAAUUAAUCACGCUUGGCUUCACUUUAAUAUCCUUUGCUAAUGUGUAUUCAAGUUUGGCAUCUCAGCUGAAAAGACUUCCAUUUAUGUAAUGUUUUUGGCCUGCUACUCAUAUUCAACAGUGUAACCUCAAGGAAAUAUUUACCCAACAAAGAGGCUAACAGGAACUGUAUGAGUUAGUUAUGGGCUAAAUAAAACUUCGGCCACUGCCAGUAAGGCCAACGAUGACCGAGGAAUGCGCUUCGUCAUCACAACUUUCCCCUGGGGGUAAGGAGGAGAAGAAGGAGGUCGCGAAGAAAACAGGAGGAGGGGUGUUCUCAGCUGGGACUUUCCUCAUACCCUCCAGAAACACUUUAAUCACAGGGCACCGAGCCGGAGAUGUUUCCCGGUGCUACCGUCGCCACCGGGGAGGUAUGUGGAUGUGUUUACGGUGGUGUGGCCGCGGUGGUCACCCGAUCCGCUCGGGAAUUCUGCUUCUUAUAAUCCCACCGCUUCUCCUCGCGCUCCAGCUCCUUGUUGUCGGGCCGCGGCUGCCUCGAGCUGGACGGCUGGGGGUGGAGGAGCAGGAGGGCGCGGUGGCCUUUUCCGUUCUUAGCAUCGAGCCGGUGAGGAACUCGCGCCAACGGGAAUCUCAGUCACGGCAGCCGGGUCUGGAUGAGGAGGAGGAGGAGGAGGAGGAGGAGCAGGAUGUGGAAGAUGGGAGAAUGAGGGAGGGGGAUCGAGCCUAUGAGGACGAGAAUGAGAUGCUCUGGCGCCAGUUGGGACCCAGAACAUUGGAGGUGCAGCCGUGGGCAGCAGACCAGCCGUCCUUCACAGCAGAGCUCAAUCGUGUCAUCACGUAUAUCACAAGGCCUCAGCUCAACUGCUCCAGGGUUUUGUCUCCAGGUCAGACUCAGGCAUCACAGCCUGCCAUAGAUUCCCCCCACUGGAUGCUGUGCGCUGAGGACUGGCUCCUUCCAGCAGGAGAUACACCAUGCGUUGCUUACUCCUUUAGUAUGGAUAGAGGAGACGCAGAGUUUCUGAAGACUGUGUCAGGGCUGGGAUGUGAAGUCCACAGUUUUGAUCCCAGCAACUCCAAAGCAUCUGGCCGUCACCUUGGCAACAGUUUGGCAAGUAACCAUGGGGAUGGAGGCGUGGUAAGCCAGCACAAGAUGUGGCUGGAGUGGCGAGCGCCAAGGAAGCGCAAGCACAAGACAAGAGGCAACCUGGGUAGUGUUUCUCAAACACUGGCAGACAUCAUGGCAGCUUUGGGACAUCACACAGUUCACUUCCUGUAUGCUGACCUGCUCAGUGCUGAGUGGAGAGUUUUCCAGAACUGGAUUGAGUCCGGAACUCUGCAGAGUGUCCAUCAUGUGGUUGCCACGGUGCACCUGCAAUGGGCUGGCUUCGAGGUGGGCGGGACUGAUGAGGAGGUGCUGCGCUAUUGGUUCAGCAUCCUGCAGGGUCUCCAAGCUUCUGGACUCAAGCUGAUCCAUAGCUCUGCAGGGGAGGGUCAAAGCGUCCUGAAACAGACAGUAGCAAAUGCACACAGCACCUACACACUCAGCUGGGUCAACGUGAGACACUGACUCACACUGGGAUGGACACAGAUGUGCACACAUGAGCAGAAAUUCAGGAUUACCUCAAAAAAAAGAAAGAGGUCACUGAUGAAAUAUUUUGCAGAGUUACAGUUUUCCCACUGAACUUUUUUUGUCCCCUGCCUUGUGCUCACACAGUUCUUAACAUGACACCUCCCUCUAGUGGAAAUGUAAAGGUUUGUCUUUUUCUGACUCCUUGCACAAAGGGAAGUACUGUUAUUCCUGUAAAUGCUACUAUCUUUACUAAGAAUUGGGUCAACAGAUAUACAUUUCCCCUUUAGAAAAACAUAAAACGUGUAAAUGUGAGCUGAAGCUACAGUUUGUAUACUAUUUAAUUAGGUAAAUAUCAAUUAGUUGUAAUGCAGGUACAGACAUGUUUUCUCCAUUUUCUUCUUUCUUUUAUAGUUGAACCUUUGAUUGUAUUGCAGUAUGCAGCUUUAUUUUGAGAUGAAUAUGAUCAGGCGGCAAUUUGAAUGCAUAUUAAGCACAUAAUUUAUGCAUCUCUGUACAUCACUGUAAGGCCUUUAAAACUUGUUUAUGUGCAAUAAUUCUUUAAAUUGAUAAGAAGAUGUUAUAGAAAGAUACUAAAAAUAUGUUGGAUGUAUGGUGCCUUCAGUUAUAUAAUAUUGAGGUUUUUGUAUGCAACAUGUCUGCAUUUUGCACUCUACUGUGUACUGUAAAACAAUGAGGUGAACACUGAAAACUUUAAGUGCAUUAUUAUAAAUUAAAUAAGGACAAAGUUUACUCAAUGUUUUGGCUGUUCACACAAUAACCAUGGUCACCUCUGGAAACAACUUUUUUAUUAUUCCUCAGACAAUUCAUUUAAUUUCUUUUGGGUGUGGCAUAACAGAUUGACAGUUGUUGCCUUCUGGUAAAUAUAAAGUCACACAGACCACAGGUCUGACGAUUUUAAUGUAA